AUGAAAUCCUUAACGCUAGUCUUGUUAGUAGGUCUGACCGUGGCGUUGGUGUCAGUCAAUGGCAGUCCAGCCGGCGACAAGAAGAUAAGCACUAGUCACAAGAUGAAGACGACCAGCACGACGACCACUCUGUCGCCAGCCCGUAAAUGCAAGUCCGAGUGCCCGAACGAUUACAACCCGAUUUGCGGAUCCGACGGGGCCAAAGUGAACUUGAGCUUCGGCAACAAGUGCGUCAUGGAGAAAUACAACUGCGAGCACAACGCCAAGCUCACAGUAAAAAUGGAAACCGAAUGCCCCAACAGCAAAGGCAUCCGUCUUGCUUAA